UACUGUUUAAAAUAUUAGUGAUUAGUUCUAUUUGAUUGCGGCUGUGCUUAAUGAAAGAAAGGAACUCUACUUUACUAUGUAUACUAUGUAUUAUGUACAUUUACUAUGUAUAUUUAUUCAUAAUGUGCAUACACAAUGCAGAUAUGAUGAGAGUAAGAUUGUAAUCUUGACGUCACAUGGUUAGGUUUAAUGGAGGGGAGAUUGCUUACUUUACAGCUGUCAGGGGUAUGAUUCUUUGUACUUAAAGUUAUAUUCAUCUAUUCUAAUAGAAAAGUGAUGUGAUUUUUGUGAAAUCUCCCAUAUAUUUAUUAACUAUAUUUGAAUAAUCUACUUUGUCACAUGGAAUGUGGCAACUAAAUAUCCAGAGCAAGAUUUGCAUGAACUUCUCGAUAUCAAUCAUACUAACGAGACUAGAACAUUACCAGAUUUAUACUUUAUUGGAGAAGUAUUGAAGAACUACGAUUACGUAAAAAUACGUACACAACGGUUGCAGGGUCUAGUUUUAAAUAUCUUUUGUUUGAGAAAACAUAUCACGCAUUUAAGAUUAAUAGAGACUCAAUAUACACGAACAGGAUGUGGAGGCAUGUGGGGAAAUAAAGGUGCAGUUAGUAUAAGACUAAAUAUGUAUGGAAUUAACAUGUGUGUAGUAAAUACACACUUGACACCGCAUGACCAUUUAUUGACAGACAGAAUUAUGGAUUAUAAUACAAUACUCACAAGUCAUAGUUUCAGUAAUUCAGAUACUUCAAAAAUAUUAUUUCACGACUAUGUAUUUUGGAUCGGUGACUUAAACUUUCGAUUACACGGAGAGGAUUUGACUGCCACAGAGAUAGACAUGCUAGUUAGGAAAAAUGAACUAAAGUGUUUGUUAGCUAGAGAUCAAUUGAAGAUGGUAAUGGAAAAGGGUGAAGCUUUCUCCGAAUUGAAUGAAAAUUCUGUUACAUUUCCUCCUACUUAUAAAUAUGAAUUUGCAUCUCAAGAAUUUGAUCUCAAGCGUCGACCAUCAUGGACUGACAGAAUUUUGUACAGAGUAAAUGCUGAUAUUUAUGAUGAUAUUAGAUUGAAUGCUAUUCAACGUAAUUAUAAAAGUCAUUCCAAUUACAUACAAUCAGACCAUAAACCUGUUACAGGAGAGUUCGAUAUUAUUAUCAGACCACAUGUAGGAGAUCAUGGUGUAGAAUUCCAACCUGUGUCGUCAUGGUUUAUAGAUGAAGAAAAUUCAGUAUCAUACAAAUUAUUAGGAGAUGCGAGACCAGCCAGCGGCGACUGGGUAGGACUUUUUCAUAAUGAAUUUUCCAGUCUAGACGAAUACAUCGUUUAUGAAUAUGUAGGUCGAGGUAAAUCGUCUCCAGUUCCUUUUGAACCUCAUUCAAUCACCGAACGAAUUUACUUUAGCGAUACGGCUCUUCGAUCACCAGGAAUGUAUCGUUUGGUAUAUGUUGCUCAACGAGGAAAUCUUGUUGGAAUUUUAGGCAUUAGUCCACCAUUUCCAGGGCAUCAUAGACCUACUUGA